GAAUGUUUCGUGUGUAAUGUCGUAAUAGUAUUGUUGCUCCAUAAGCAGCUAUUAAGUAAGUUAUAAAAGUGAACAUAAACAUGUUAACCUCAAUCGUUUUAUUAAAUGGUAAAUAUGUAUAAUUAUAUUACUUUAAUGAGUUUCAUAGAAAUUUUGAAUAUCGAUUAUAUUGCUAAAUUGCGAUUUUAAUGUGUCUAUUCCCACUAAAUUGCUUUAAACUAUAUAUUCGUAAAAUAGAUUUUUGUAAACCCACUUGGUUAUUUUUUUAUUUUUACUAAAUAUACUUGUACCUAUAAUUUUAAAUGUGUCAUAUUAUUGUCUUUUAUAUGUUAACAUAAUAGUUAAAACACUAUUUCUAUAAUAUGGAGAAAGGUUUGGAUGUUUUUUAUUUUCCAUUGUUUUUUAGAUGAUCGUACUACGACCCGAACCAUCCAAGUCUCUAUAAUCUUUUAAAAUAUAAUAUAUGUAUAAUUUUGUGUACCGUAUAUAAAUUGAAUAUCGUACAUAGUUUUCAAGAUUUUUUUUAUAUAAUAUGACAACUCACUAUACUCUAAUCAAAAUGCCCCGUUUCGACUAUGGUUUUAAUCAUUGUAAUCUAUUAUAUGUACUGGUAUUAUAGUCUAUAGUACUGUUCGAUAUUUUAAAUUUGUACAGUAUAUAACGAAAAUAAUAUUAAUAGUUGCUAACCAUAGUCAUUUAAAUGGCGUUGUAUAUUGUGUCGCUAUUCUGUGUCAUUUAUUUUUUUUAAAUAAGCAAAUUUCGUCCAUCAACAUUCAAAUAAUCACGUUCAUUUUGUUUACAGAAACUCGUAAAUUCCAACGAUUUAAUGAUAUUUUCCAAAACGGAAAUGGACGGCACAGAUGCGACUUAGUAAUUUAUAGUCUAAUGUAUUUUUAAUUCAUUCCAUAAAAAAUUAACAAAUAUUAAUGUAUUUUACUAUAAUUUUGUUCACAAUUUUAAAAUACAUUGAAAUCGUUUAAUUUAAUUUAUAUUUUAUGAGGAAAUUUGUACACAUAAAAUUGUGUUCAAAUGCAAUUUUGUUUCAUUAUAGGAAACAUGUUUACAUUUUUUUUUUAUUAAAAACAUAGUUACAUCCAUAUUCAAGUAUAUUUUCAAUAGGUAUCCCAAUCGUCCGAAAUAGUAGGUAUAAGUUAUACACCUAACUGAAUUUUAAUUGAAUUUUCACAUACAUUAAAACCUAUCUGAUAUAAUUAUCUUGUAUGGGUAUGUAUAUAGAUCAUACAGGAUUUCCUGGAUUAUAUUGACUUCAUAUAUAUGCUCGUUCUUCACUAAAUCAGUAAACUAGUUGACAACGUAUUGGUACAAUGUAUGUUGAGCAUUAUAUUCAGGCAAACUAUUGUCUAACGAAAAUUACAAGUACACAUAUCAAAUGCGCAUAAUAAUUACUAAUGCACCAAACGUAAUCACCAUAUUGUAAUAUAUGAUAUUUGAUCAAAUUGUAUACAAACCAACAGGUCGAUGAAUACGAUUGACCUUCAAGAGUUUAAUACGUACGCGCAGUUGUUGGCUGGACUUCGGUGAAGUGUUUUUUUAAAACCGUAAGGUAAAAACAUAAUAUUAUUUUACAAUAAAGUAUUAAUCCGUGUAUAUGUGCAAUAUUAAAGUUUAUCGACUAUUAUUCAGUUAUGGUUUUUUGUACAGACUAAAAUAAUAUUAUGAAUACCUAAAUCAAUCUUAUUAUUUUUUUUUUUUACAGAUAUAGAUCGUGCUAACAAUUUUGUUGGUAUAAUUCAACAUGGAGAAUAAUGAUACCAGAAUACCUAGAGAAAUACAAUGGCCUAUUGUUCUUUAUUAUUUAUAUCUCCACUUUUCUGCAUUGUUCGGACUUCAUAUAAUGAUUACUGAAGCUAAAUGGACUACUUUAUUUUAUAGUAAUUAUAUUUAAAUUGUAUAAGUAUUCAAAUUUUUUACCAUACUUUGAACCUAAAUUAUUUCUACAGCAAUAUGUCUUGUCCACAUUUCCGUCCUUAGUUUAACUGCUGGAGCUCAUAGAUUAUGGGCACACGCAUGCUUCAAAGCCCAUGCCAUCCUCAGGGUAUUUUUAGUUCUUGGGCAAACUUUAAUUUGCCAAGUAAGUACAUAAUAUAUUGUGCAUUAUAUAUUCUCAAAAAUUGAUUGAAUACCUAUACACUAUAGUUUAUUCAUACUUUCAGGGAUCUUUGUACGACUGGGUGUUAGAACACCGAUUACAUCAUAAAUACUUUGGUACAGAAAAAGAUCCGUUCAAUGCAAAUCGAGGCUUUCUGUUUGCAUAUUUAAAAAAUAAAAUGAUGACAAAUCAUCCGGAUCAUGAAAAAUUGUUAAAAUCUGUGGACGUUAAAGAUAUAGAACAAGAUCCUAUUAUAGUAUGGCAAAAAAGGUGGGUAAACCUUUUGUUCAGUUUAGUUUUAUCCAUUAUUCGAUUUUACAACUUACUUUAGAUUUUACUGGUUGCUGAAUCCAUUGCUAAUGGCAGUUAUAGUGUUUAUACCCACCGAACUUUGGAACGAAUCACUAAUUUGUUCGAUUUUAAUUGUUGGAUUCUUAAGAGUCACCAUUUUGUUACAUUGUAGCUGGAUUUUAAAUAGUGCCUCAAUAAUUUGGGGAUUAGACCCGCUUAACAAGUAAUUAUCAUGCAGUUUCAUUUUAAUGUAUACAUUAAUUUAUUCAUACGAUAGUCAAUAAAUACAAAUUUAUAUAGUUUGUUAGGCUAAUCGAUUAAUACCAUUUACAUAAUAUUUUUUUAUUAUAAAUAAAUUUGUUUUUAAUUUCAUCAUACAUCAUUAUUAUUUAAAAAAAAAUGAUUAAAUUAAAAUGUAUUGCCAUGCAUAUUAAGAGAUAUUGGCUUUAAAAUGUGUUCUACCUUAUAUGUUUGUACUUACAAUUUAUUUAAAUAGGAUUAAUAGUGGUGUAGAAGUUUCAUAUAAAUCUGUACGUCAUGCAUAUAAUAUAUAUUUUAGAUUCGGAGCGUAGCGAGGGAUUCAUUAGUAUUACUAUGAUGUGUUGUUUUUUUUUUGUCUGUGAACAACUUUACAACCAGAAAUCUUGCUCCGAUGUAUAGAGUGUAGCACCUUUUUUGAAAAGAAAUGUUAUCUAGUUGGUAAAUUGGGGAAAUUGGUAUUUGAUUUUUUAAAAGGGGUUUUCAAAAUAAUUGAGAUCAAUCCAAAAGUAUAGGCAAAACGGCAAAUGCUUAUGGCGCGUCGUGUCGUUAUCGUUAUCAUUGUUUUUAAUGUUUUCUACCAGAAAUAUUGCUUUAAUCAAAAAAUGCCAAGAUAUUGAUUUCGUUCGUUUUAAUAUAUAGCCACUGAUACAGAAAGUCAUUUUUUUUAUACCUAAAAUAGGCUUCAUAAUAAUUGAGAAAAACCAAAACUGACGAAAAAUACGACUUUUUUCAAAUUACGGCGCAACGAUUUCAUUUUUUAAAAUUGUUUAGAUUAUAUUUUUCUACUAAAAAUCUUUGACCAAAUAUCAAGAAUAGCAUAUUUUCUGAAAGAAAAUCUAGUUUUUGAGUAAGAAAGUCGUUUUUCAUUUUCCGUAUAGUUUUCCUAAUAAUUUAUGAAAAAUCGAAAAAAAACGUAAAGAACACGGCAAAGUGUACGAAAUUUGGGGUUUUUGUUGUUAUUCGGUUAAAAAUUACUGUAGAGACCUGCAGUCUUCACAAAAUACUUAUAUUGCCCCUUUAUAGACGUGGUAAAAUUUCAAAACACUAGCAAUUUUUAGGUUACAUAUAAGUAUUCAUUAUUUCGUGUUUUAUGUGUAUUUUUAUUUGUUAGGUAUCUGUUAUAUUAAAAUAAUAAUAUUAUUUACAUUAAAUUUAUAUUUUUAAUAUAAUGUUAAACAUUGGUUUGAAUUUUGUAUUGGUAUUAGUAUAAGUAAAUACAGUAAUAUAAAAUUUAACGAAGUAGGCAAAAAUACGCGUAGAAUAUAAUAUGACACUUCAGAAAUAAAUUUUUUUUUUUCUAAAAUCAACAAAAAAACGCAAAAUAUGUAUUUUAAAUUUUCAUUUUUCAAAUUCGCUAUUGAACGUUUCGUGUAUAGAAAGGAUUUCUAGUUUAGCCUGUUAUAAAUUAACAAAUACAUUAUUACACAAAAAAUGUGCAAUUUAUAGAUUCUUACUAAAGUUUAAAAAAAUGGUUUAACAAAAACAUUAUGAUCAAUUUUUUAACUAUUUAAGCAUCAUUAUAAUUUAAAAUAUAAAAAUAAAAUGUACAUUAUAGUUGUAUAAAUAUAUUGAUUAUUUGUACCUAUCUACUGUUAAAAAAAAAAAUUUAAAAAUUAAUGUAGUGUUUACAUUAGUUUACAAGAUAUAACUUUUUUUUUUUAUAACCAAUUAUUUAAAUAAUUUAUAUCAAUAUUAUAUUCAUGUAUACAUUAACAAUUAUGCAAUUAUUUAAGAUUAAUAACAUUUUUGAUUUUGCUCAGGUAUUCUAUUCAAACAAAUUUGGUAUUUAUCGUAAAUAAAAGCUUAUGGCCUCAAUAUCAUUACCUGUUACCAUGGGAUUAUCAAUCCGGAGAAUUUGGUAACUACAACAAAGGAUGCUAUACGGCACAUAUACGAGUAUGGGCAGCGUUACGAUUAAUAACAGACUUGAGGACAAUAGAUACCGACGGAAUAAGAAAAGCUAUGGUCGAUGCUGCCAGCACAGGUCAAGACAUCAAACAGUGUGUAGAAAAAUAUACGUUAGAUCCAAAUCUUCUAAAAAUUAAAUGUGAAUUAGAUUUAGAAAGGAUACCGUACUGAACGAAUUAAAUUAUUUUUAUUUAUUAUAAUAUACCUUUAUGUGUAUUAUAUCAGCUGUAUUCUGUAAAUUGUUCAAAUAAUUUGUUCAAAAUAUCAUGCCUACCUAAAUAUAGUUAUUGGUUUAAGAUUUAUAUGGGUAUCUGAUGUAUACGAAAAAUCUUCUAAUUUUACUAUAAGUACUAUAUGUAUUGCACUAUUAGUAAUGUACAUCGAUGAAUUUAGAAAUUUUUAACUAUAGGAGAGAGGCAUAUACAUAUUAUUAAUAUUUUCAGUAAAUUAAUUAUGAAUUAUACAUUAAAUUAAUAUAAAAUACAUAAAUAAAAACUGUAGUUUAUUGAGAGGGGACACAUGUCCCUGUGUCAUCCCCUUGGAUCCGCCAUUGG